CAGUUCACUUCGCUGCCUCACAGAACAGAGAAGAUUCUUCAUUCACAAGCCAGUUUCAUACUGAGCACCAGGGAAUCCUUCCAAUGUUGUUAGAUUAAGACAAGUCAUUACAUGAUUCAUGUGAAAUAUGCUAAAAGAGGUUGACCUUUGAUGAAUGGACAGUAGGUUACUGGCAAUAAACCAACUGUGUGUGGUCCUCAAAAAGAAAAAUAAGGUCUUGAAGGUGUAUACUUGGAAGAAAACAUGUCAAAUUCAACAGAUAUUUCAUCAUCAGUAGAUGACUAUAAUAGCAGCUGCAACAUUGAUGAUUUCAGGAACAAAGUCUACUCAACCACUUAUUCCAUGUUCACUUUGUUUGGCCUUUUUGGUAAUAGUUUUGCUUUAUUUAUUCUGCUAAAGACCUACAGUCAAAGAACUGCUUUCCAUAUCUACAUGAUAAACCUCGCCGUUUCUGAUCUUCUUUUCAUUUGCACUCUUCCAUUUCGAAUCGCAUAUUACGUCAGCAGGGGUAAAUGGUACUUUGGGGACUUCUUAUGCAGGAUAAGUUCCUACAUCUUCUACGUGAACUUGUAUUGCAGCAUAUUUAUUUUAACAGCAAUGAGUAUUACUCGUUUUCUCGCAAUCGUUUUUCCUGUCAAAAAUUUAAAGCUAGUGUCCAUUAAAAGAUCCAAAUGGGCCUGUGCUGGGAUAUGGGUGUUUGUGACUGUAACCAGCUCCCCAUUUCUGAAGACUGGAUCUAAAACAGAUGGCAACAGGACAAAAUGUUUUGAGCUUCCUGAUAAACAUAUAGACAUAGUUUUGAUCCUCAAUUAUAUUUCCCUUGUUAUUGGCUUCAUCAUUCCAUUUACCAUCAUUCUGGUCUGCUAUACCAUGAUCAUUAGGACACUGAUGAAAAACUCCAUGAAAAAGCAACAGGAAUCCCGUAAAAAGGCAAUUCGGAUGAUCAUCAUUGUUAUGGCGGUAUUCUUUCUAAGCUUCAUACCAUAUCACAUCAUGCGCACUAUCCACCUUCAUUUUUUGAAAACAAAUAAUGACUGUAAAGAAAAUUUAGCUAUGCAGAAGACAGUGGUAAUAACCCUUGCACUGGCAGCAUCCAACUGUUGCUUCGAUCCACUCCUUUACUUCUUUUCAGGAGAAAACUUCAGGAGGAGGCUUUCCACCAUUAGAAAGCAGUCCGUAACCAGUAUUGCUCAUGGGAGUAAAAGAAAGAAGUCAGGUAGCUUACAAGAACAAAGUAAAAUAUUUCAAGAGCAGGAGAAAAAAGACAGCAAUGAAAGCUAAAACAGAACUUAGUUUCUUAAGUCUUCUUAAGAAAUACAGACUAUGUAAAAAGUGAAUCGGGCAGAGCUGUUUUGAAAAAACAAAUGCACGUUUGAGUCUGUUCCAAUGAAUGUUCUAGUAUAAGAUGCUGUGUGAUACAAUAUUAAAAGAAUGACAGAUAUGGUACUGGAAUUGAAAAGCCACAUGCAUUCCACUUCAUUUUCAAACAAAGGGCACAAAAAUAAGAGCUAAAUAAUAAUUUACUACGGACAGGCAAGAGCAUGUUAUUGACUCAAGGAGCACUCCUAGUACCAGCUUCAGAGUUGCUACUCCCAAUUUUCCUGCACCAUUUUGUUGUACGGUUAUAUUUCAGGCUUAAAGAGUCCCAUUUGACAGCAAUUCACCAUUGUGCUCCUCACCCAACAAGAUUUUCAAACCUGCUCGAUAGAUAGUUGGUUGAUUUGUGGCUAACAUUGGUCGGACAGGCUCAGAUGGGCUGCAUAUAUGUACUAAUAAGCUGCCACCUCAAUCUAGAAGAGAAAAGUUGGCAGCUUUAUGGGCAGUUAAAUUUUGAAUACCUACAGAUGUGCAAAUGGAAUCCUAUCCACGAAAAGGCAGAAACAAGAAAAACAUUUUGAAUGUGUACUGCAACAUCAAUGUUACAUGGAAACUGUUAAAAUAUAUAGGGGCAAAUUUACUUAAGGUCGAAUAUCGAGGGUUAAUUAACCCUCGAUAUUCGACUGUCGAAGU